UGCAUGGUAAAGAAGAGCCACCAACAAUACAACCGCAACCCGAUACCGUAGAGAUCACUGGUGAAUUCACAGACAACCCGUUUAGCCAGGUCAUAAAUGGUCAAAAGAACACUGUAAAACUAACUUUUGACAAUAAGGGCAAAACAAACUAUACUAUCAAUGUCAUCGCUGGAGCUCUGGUUAAUAAAGACAAUCCAAAUGAAAUCUAUCGUAACUUAACCUCUGUCAGAUACUCCCUCAAAGCACCUGCUAUGGAUCACGUUGAAUUUCCAUAUUAUUUUUAUUCUGAAUUUCCAACACAGGAAUUUGAUAUCGUUUUAUUUGUCUUCUUUUCUGAUGAAGAAAAACAACAGUUUAGAGGUGUUGGAUUUAAUGGAACGGUCACUAUCGUCGAUCCUGAACAUUCAAUAUUUGAUCUCCAGCU